UCUCUCUGCCUCCCUCUCAUUGUCCUGUAAGUUCGAAGUAGCUCAAAAGCACGUCCAUAGAGGAGAGCGAACAGGGGCGACCUUACCACUUUCAGGACACACACAGAAGAGAUAAAGGAAGGAAGGAAAUGGUGAGCAAAAUGAACAUGCUUGUGUUGAUGGCGUUCCUAGCAGCCACGAUACAGUGUUGCGGUGCUCAGGCACCGGCGACAAGCCCGACAAGGUCACCGGUGACUUACACCGUGGGCGACGGUGUUGGGUGGAAUGUGCUUGUCAACACCACUCAGGCGUAUGAGCGCUGGGCUGCCAACAAGACCUUCAUGGUUGGUGACAUCUUAGUGUUCAACUUUGCCAAUAGGACGCAAGACGUCGCCGAGGUUACGAAAUCAGCAUUCGACUCCUGCAACACCACCUCCACCAUCUCCGUCCACACUGACCCGCCGGUCAGAAUCACCCUCUCCAGCCCCGGCGAGCACUACUACACCUCCACCUACUCGAACCACUGCUCCCAAGGCCAGAAGCUCGCCAUCAACGUCACCAGCAGCUCCGCCGCAACCCCAUCGCCAUCUCCUGCUGCCACCCCAUCGUCACCGGCCCCAGCCACCACCCCACCACCAUCGUCGCCAUCCCCUGCUACCCCUCCAUCGUCCACUGCCACACCGCCCUCCACCUCUACCAGUCCUCCUCCACCUUCCACGCCUUCUCCAGCAAGUUCCACCACACCUCCGCCGGCAGGGAACUCCGCGGCCUCUUUGAGCGUCACCGGCUUGUUCUCGGGGAUUUUGUCGAUUGCCCUAGUGUUGUUGUACUAGAUUAGCUAAGUGAUAUUUUUUCUACCCUUUAUUUACAGGGUCGUUGUGAGUUGCUUUUCUAGAACUGAGACACACACCUGUUCAUUGUGAUUGAUUUUAUACAAUAAAACCUAUUUUUCCG